GAGUCUAUAAAAGCAAACCUGGAGAACACUCCUCCAAGUGAGGAGAAACUGCAAGAUAAACAAUACACGAAACAUACUUCAGGAGUUGAAAUUCAACUGCCUAAGUUGGAAAUACCAGAGUUUGAAGGAGACAUGGUUCAUUUCCCAGAGUUCUGGGAACUGUACUCCAUAGCCGUACACAACCAUCCGACAUUAGGAGCGGCGUCCAAGUUUUACACCUUAAGAGGACGAGCCGGAGACCUGAUAGCUUCCAUGAGAUUAUCUGCAGAGAACUAUCCAAGAGCAGUAGAGCUUUUACUUAGUACAUAUAAUAGACCAGACGUUUUAAGGAACAGGCUUGUGGAACAACUAGAGGCGCUGCCUCCAGCAGGAAAAGCCGUAACUGAUCAACGUACUACAUUUUUCCAAGAAAGACAAGGAGAAAGGGUUGGGGAGAUGCGGAGAAAAAAUGACAACUGGACUGCGGAAGAUUUACUCGAUGCCUUUGAUAAAGUCAUCGACCAAUUAGAAAUUAUGGAGGAUACGGAUCCAACACCUACAGCAACGUCAAAGUUAUGCGUUGUAGACAACCCGCAAUCUAGUUCACGACAGUUCAAUAAGUCAUCGCGUAGAAGGCCGUCAACUCAAAGAAGCUCAAGCACACGUAGUGAUGGAUCACAAAGAAGGAGCUUGUCAAAUGAAAAGCGGACAGGAAAGAAACAGCUACGGUGCAGCUUUUGCCUUCAAACUAGGCACAAAACUGCAUAUUGUGACGAAGUGGUAUCACCCUACGCAAGAAGGAAGAUAGUAGUGCAAUCGAAGUUAUGCUGGAAGUGUCUAAGGGCCGGACACCAAAGACUGCGAUGCGACGCACCCCCAUGUCGGACUUGCGGGAGAAGUCAUCACUGGUCCCUAUGUCUUCAAGGGACUUAUUCUCACAGUUCAAGCAGAUCGAAUAGUCCAAGAACAAGGCUGAAUGGAAGGGAAAAGUCAGUAGACAGCUCCUCGUCAGACGCAAAUCCAAGAAACGAGUUCAGAACGAACUCAAGAUCUCCGAGAAUGGACUACUACUGGGAUGUAGUCGAUCACAAAUGCAACCGACAACUUCCAUCAGGACUAGUCCAAUCCAACACAAAACUCGGACCCGUUUUGUCUGGUAACGCAUCACCCGCUUCAUCCCGAACCCAUUCUGUUUCAGACACAGACCCAACAGAAAACCAUCAAGACGCUGCUGAAGUGGAACGCUUAGUCCAACGUCUAUUCGGGCUAGAGUCCAUGUUUUCCAGAGAUGAGGCGGAC